AUGCUGCAGUCCGUCGCGCGCGACUGGACUGGACAGACAUGUCGCAUACGCUUGCUAUCCACGACUCGAAACCACAAUAGCAGACUGCGCGUGCGUCUGGACAUCCCACCUCCAUUUCCCGUGACGAAAACCUGCCCCGGGUCAAGCUGCGAUUGCCCGACACCUGCUAUGCCCGAGGGCCUACCGAUCGACCACGAGCAAACAUUAAACGGGACAAUGGCAGCCUACACACAGCAGCUCCUUGUCUGCACAGGACAACGGGACUGGACAAGUCGCAUCGAUGAAGAUGGCGAGAACCAAGGCUGGGGAAAUCUCCUCCGAGGAAUGAAGCGGCUACUAGGUCGUGGCGGGCCUUACCUUGAUCCAUUCAACAACGUCCUCACCACAGCCACAUCAAUCGCCCCCUCAACAACGUCCUCCGCAACUGCCUCCGCCUUCCUCUUCCCAAGCUUCAAAUACAUCCCCUCAAUACCAGUGAACACCGCACCCUCAGAACAAAUCCCCGACCUCGUCACCUUUAUUCGCGCCUACCUCCUCCCAAAACGCCUACACGAAAUGCACUCCUCCCUCUCAGCCUCAAAGCAAAGAGACAUGACCCGCGCCCCCGAACUAGCCUCCCGCUUCCCCGACGCAAUCGACAUAAACCACUCGCCCACAAUCCUAAUUUGUGGCCACGGCGGCCGAGACAUGCGCUGCGGCGUCAUGGCACCAGCCCUAGAAAACGAAUUCCAGCGCGUCUUCCAAGCGCGCGGGUUUAGCGCUGGCAGUGAAGGUGCACAGGCGACAAUCGAUGCACCAGGCCAUGCGAAUAUCGGGUUGAUUAGCCAUGUUGGUGGUCAUAAAUAUGCUGGUAAUGUUAUUGUCUAUAUCCCGCCUAAGAUGAUGUCUCGUGAGGAUGCUUCCGUGCUACAUCCGUUGGCUGGGAAGGGGAUUUGGUAUGGGCGUGUUGAGCCGAAGCAUGUGCAGGGUAUUGUUGAUGAGACUGUUUUCGGGGGAAGGGUUGUUACGGAUCAUUUCCGUGGUGGAAUUGAUCGGUCUGGGGAUAUUUUGAGAUUAUAG